UGCAGUAGAGGUACUAGCAAUAUCUCAAGUUCAUGUAUCAUCUGUUAAUGAAGAAUCAACAUAUGUUCAGAUCCUAGAAAACCCUUUAUUUCCUGAGGAAAUCCAAGCUCCUGCUGUAGACAAUGCUACAAAUAAAGAUGAAUUCAAACAUGACGUGCACCUCAGUGCAGUUCAAGUCAGUGUUGAAAGGGAAAAGGAAAGUGAACUUUCCAGCACUGAGAUAAAUACUGCUGCACUUGGGCAUGCCAUAGUGACACAAGUAGUCACAUGUGAUCUGGAAGAGGUCUCAGCUACAAUACUUUUGCCUGAGAAAACAUUAGGCAUUACUGAACCCCUGAUCAACAGAGUGGCAAGUCAGGAAGUGUCUGGGGAAGCCAACACUACUAAGCCUUUAGUAAAAGAUGAUUCUGUGACAGCAGAGCAAUACACUGUGAUCCAGAGGAUGCAUGUGUCCUCAACAGAGUUUGAAGGCAACCACAAAAUUCAAGUGCAGGUGGUCGAUGUCAAUCUAAAAUCAGCUGGGACAAUAGUGGACAAUUUAUUGGAGGUAGGGGUAACAGAAACGAAAGAAGUCAUAGAUUAUUGUCAAGAAACAAUGAAAACAGUAGAAAAUCUCUCUGCAACUCCAGACAUUGAAACUAAGAUAACUGUUCAACAAGUUACUCAACAUGUCCCAGAGAAGGUAUCGGAAUCAGCGGUUAACAUCUUGGAACAAGCUGUUAUAAAACAGCCAGAUGCUUUAACUGCAGUCAGUGAGUUGGCUGAAAGUGAAUCAAAUCAAAUGGGGAAUCAAAAAGUGAUAAAGGAUGGUACUGGAACAUUGACAGAAAAAGAUGAAAAAUCCGUUGUCAUAAGUGAUGACUCUGCAACAGCACAGCAAGUGUCUGAGGACCUCACACACGCCCCGGAUUUACCAUUUGGUUUAAAUGUCUAUAUAGGCAGUCAUAGAGAAAAACUAGAGCAAACCAAAGCCAAACAGGCAAAAUCAGAAGCAGGUGUCACAGUAAGAGAGAUCAAAGCUUUAUCAGAGGAGGCAGAUGUGAAAGAAGUUAAUGAACCAGCACAAAUUACACAAACUUCUCAAGGUCCAAUUUUGACACCUAGUAACACUGGAUUAGUAGUUCCCCAAAACACAGGUAUAAUCUCGUCAAUAGGUAAUGUGGAAUCCCCAUCAAGUCUUUCGUUAGAAUUCAAACUCAACAUACAGUUUGGUCAAGCAAAGGCACAAACUCCCUCUCCACCAACAGAGCAAAUUGAACCCAUGAAAAAGACACAUGUGUCUGAUGUUGGAGUUCAAGCAGUGGAGGCAGUUGAACCAGUAAAGCCCAUUAUUCCAACACAAAGAGCAGAAAGCCAUAAUCAGAUUGACCUAACUGAGGUCAAAGACAUAACAGUAACAGCGACAAACUUUGUUUAUACCGAAAGAGCCUUGACCACAACUCAACCUGAUCUGUUGGAUGUUGGCAUUAACACAAUUGAAACAGUUGAAUCAAUAACAAAAGGACCGGCUUCCCCACCAAUGCCAACAGAUAGAAUUGAAACUGUGAAGCAGACGGACGUGUUUGUGGUUGGAGUUCAAGCAGUAGAAUCUGUGGAAACGGUAAAGCCAUUUAUUCUAACACAAAGUGCUGGGAGCGAGAAACAGAUUGAGUCAACUGUGGUCAAUGUUGCGCUAAAAGAAAUCCCAGGACCAGACUCCCUCUUGGUUUUAACUGAAAGAGCUGUGCUUACAACUCAACCUGUACUGUUGGAUGUUGCUAUGCAUGCAAUUGAAACAGAAGAACUAGUAUCAAAGGCAAAAACUUCCCAAUCCCUACCAGAAAUAAUAGAUUGUAGUGAACCAGUGAAACAGAUGGAUGUUUUGGAGGCUGGAUCUCAAGCAAUACAUGCAUUCCCUUUGAGCCUGAGAAGGAUUGAAGCAGCUGAGGUCAAUGACCAGCCAACGGAAAUCACAAAACCAGCGGCAAACUUAGUUUUAAUUGAAAGAGCCUUGAUCAUGACUCAUCCUCAACUCUUGGAAGUUGGCAUUAAUUCUAUCAAAACAGUUGAACCAGUAGCAACAACACCAGAUUCCCUACCAUCAACAACAGACAGGACUGAAACUGAGAAAGAGACAGAUGUGGCAGUAGUAGGAUUUCAAGCACUUAAAGCAACUGAACCUGCAAAAACAGUUACUCCACCAGAAAGAGAGAUCCAGAAACAGAUUGAGCCAAUAGAGGUCAAUAAUCAAUCAACAGAAAUUACAGAACCAGCAACAAUCUUAGAGUCAACUAAAAGAGCUGUAAUAACUACUUAUCCUGAACUCUUGGGGGAAGUAUUACCAUCGGAUGCAGAAGAUACCUUGAAGGACACAAAAAAUGAGGAAGCUGCAUCUAUUGACACACAUGUGGUCAAAGAAAGUACUAAGGAAAGUGCAACAGUACCUCAUACUGAUGACAGUCUUGAGCCUGGGGAUCCUUCAAAAACUGAACAUGUUCAAGAACCAGAGGUCAAAGAAUCACUGUUAGGUCUACUGAUGCGUAGCCUACUACCACAUAAAAAAGUAUUAUCAGAGGAUUUUUCACAAAAGGAAACAGUUGCAAAUGAACACCAUCUGACUGAAGUCAGGGAUGAGCCAGAAGAACUCUUGGGUGUUGGCAUACACCCAACUGAAGCAGUAGAACUGGUAGAAGAAACAAUAGGUUCUGCACCACCAACAACAGACCAGGAACAGAUUGAGCCAACUAAGGUCAAUAAUCAGCCAAUAGAAAUCACUAAACCAGUGGCAAACCUCGUUGAAACAGCCUUGAUCACGACUCAACCUAAACUCUUGGAUGUUGGCGUGCAUCUAAUCGAAACAGUAGAACUAAUAGCAAAAGCAUCCGUUUCCCCACCACCAGUAAUGGAGAUAAUUAAUCCUGUGAAAAAGAUGGAUGUUUUGGAAGUUGAGGUUCAAGCAAUUGAAGCAGUUGUAGCAACAGAAAUAAAUGAGAUCCAAAAACAGAUUGAUCUUACUGAGGUUAGUGAUCAGCAAAUAGCUAUCAAAGAACCAGGGACACUUCUGGGUUCAACUGAAAGAGCUGUGAUGACUCAACCUGAACUCUUGGAUGUUGGCAUUAACACAAUCCGAACAGUACAACCAGAAGCAACAUCACCACCUUCUUCACAGGCAAUCACAGAGAGAAUUGAACUGGGGAAACAGAUGCACAUUUCAGAGCACGGAUUUCAAGCAGAGGAGGCAGAGGAACCUGUAAAUACAGUCCUUCCAGCACAAAGAGCUGAGAGCCCGAAACAGGUUGAACUUGCUGAGGUCAAUGUUCAGCAAACAGAAACUACAGAACCAGAAGCACAGUUAGUUUCGAAUGAAAAAGCUGUGAUCAUGACUCAUCCUGUACUGUUGGAUUUAGGUAUACAUGCAAUCGAAACAAUAGAACCAGAUCCAAAUGCAUCAGCUACCCCACAAGUAACAACUGACAUAACUGAAGAUUUGAAAGAGACCAAUUUGUCAAAGGUUGUAAUUCAGGUAGAAGAGGCAGUAGAAUAUGAAAUGCCUAUAAAUUCAACACAAAGGGCUGAGAGCCAGGAAGAGCCACAGCUAACUGAAACGGAUGCUCAAGCAACAGAAGUAACAGAAACAGCUGUAAAUGUUGUGAUACCAGCUGUGAUAACAACUCAACCUGUACUGUUGGAUAAUGGUAUACACCCAAUCACAACAGUAGAACUAGUGUCUAAUGCUCAGGCAAAAGAAACAAUGCAACCAGCAAGUCAACCGGACGACAGAGAAGUGUUCCGAAGCGAACCAGUUCAGUCUGAAGAUUGUGAUCAAGAAACAAAAGCUAAAGUUAAUAAUACAGAGGAGGAGAAUGAUCAGGAUGUGUGGAUGGAUGCUGAGGAAGUCAUUUACAACCAAGAAGUAGCAGAGAAGUCCUCUUUAGAGAUCGAGGAGCCUGAGGAAGAGGUGGAGGCAGAGUGUGUGCAUGAGGAAGAGACAAAACUUGAAGAAGUUGAAUUAGCAUCUUAUUCCAGAACAGAGGAAGAAGAAAGUCAACAGGAAGUAUACAACAGAGGAGAAACAUGUGAAAUUGAAAGUGAAGGUGAAGAUUUUGCUAUUGCACUUGAGCAUCAGGAAUAUGCAACUGCGAGCAUCACUACCUUGGAGUGGGAUUAAUUUCACUGAACUUGAGUAUAACUAACUGGUUGGACAAUCCAUAAGAAAUUCACUCAAGUGUGUAUGCUUCGACAAGCCAUUAAGAUGACUGACUUUGGAAGAGAACUACAGGAAACAGCUUUUGUCGCUUUUAUUUGUCAGUGUUUAACCACAAUACGUUGGUAUUUAAUGGUGAAAAUGGUCUUGAAUUAUGGAAUUAUUUUAUAAUAAAUAUAAGGGGCGUGAUUAACAAGAAAGACGUUGAUAGAGGAGCAUCAACUUACAAGACUUUGUUGGCUAAAUAAUGGAGCUUUACUACUAUUCACAUCAUCUUUUCACAUCAUAAAUCAUAUUUGUGCAAAGAUAUAUCUUAAUCUUUUUUUGAAUAGGUUAAGAUAAUAAGGUAAUAUAUUUCAUCCCUUUUACUUCCAUUAUAUUUCUGUAAGUGUUAAAUACAACUUUGCAAAACCAACCUGAAAUAUAAAAAUAUUUUUUCAACACAUUAGGAUGCUACAAGUGCAUCACAGCCUGUACUAUACAUCAUCUCUGUUUAUGAAAUAUUUGGCCAUUGGUAUAUCUUAAAUCUUUUCACUUAAAUACAUAUUCUCAUGUUAUCUUUGUCGGAAAACCAACAUGUAGACCUGAGUGCACUAGUGUAACUGUAUAUUAUCUUGUACAUAAUGACUGUUUUAAUGCUUAUUAAAAGCUGCACUUAUUUUGAAUCUGCAAACAUUUUUACUGACAACUUUCAAAAUAAGAGCAUAGCACAUCUUUGUUAUUAAUUAACCCAUUAUUUUUGAUUUGAACUCAUCUACACAUUAUUUAGAAACAUAAUCAGCAGAGCCUUAAACUUCAUGGCAUCAGUAAUUGCCCUGUUUUGCUGUUUUUAUGUAAGCUUCAGCAAGCUUGUGCUGUCUGAUACAGUAGGCUACAUAAUGAAAGUGUUUGGUAAGAGAGUGAAAAUGGAAUGAGACUAUGAGAGGCUUUUUGUUUUCUUCCUAUAUUUUUCCUUAUAUACUGACUUUUAUGGAAACUUAUAUCUGAUAUGUGUGUAUGUCUAUUAAUGACUAAAUGCAAAAAUAAACCCAUGUUUAUAUAUUUACAUAUACAGUAUAAUAUAGUGUUUUAU